AUGCCACAAAUGUUUUCAUUCCAGCUCCUUCUCGUGGUUCUUGCCACAACAGUUCUUUCCGUUGCCGCCGAGGCUCCGGUGUACCAACCUGCCAGUGGAUUCUAUAGCUGCCCCAAAGUCGGCAUGGUUUGCAACGUCGAAGGCUGCGGCUUUGGCGACUCGGAUAGCUGCAGUACCAUUGCCAAUGGAUUCGAUGUUCACCUUGUGGGCGAAAUUGCCGUCUACACGAGCAACACCGACGGCGCCGAUCUUUCCAUUACCGGUGGGGACGAUACUCGAAUUACGUGCGACGACGAUUGCACUUGCCAAUUCGUUACCGCAGGUGUAGGGUGCGCCAUUGCCACGGCAAGCGAUGCAUCCACUGGUACCGGAAUCGUAAACAUGAAUGGAGAGGAAUACAAGGACGUGGAGAUCAACGCCGCCGUCACCGAAGACACCACAGAUUCGGCGGCAACCACGACAACCCUCAUGGCAGGAACCCUGCUAUCCUUCCUUGUGGUGGCCGCGCUCUAA